UGGGGAUUCCCCCGCGUGACAAAAACAGCUUCGCCUUUCACAUGUCAGCUUAUCGCCUUUCAUUGCUCAUAUGCUCUCCGCCUGGGGCUCAUGCUGUACCGGAUAUCUAGACGACGGGCUCUUUUCGCGUAUUUCUAACACUGUUCACGUUUGGAAUGAACGUACAACAGUUUGAAACUUUAAAAAAGCUAAUAUUUGAUCAAAAGUGGAGGUCUGUUGCUGUAAGGCAAUGCAUUAUCGGUUAGGGGCAUGAAACGAAGCGGCUCGUUCCUCUGGUUUCACAAAGGUUCGGUGGUUUUCUUAGGUGUCAGUAUCCUCGGAGUCCGGUCACAUCACCGAGCGGCGACAACACCCGCUAGUAGCCUUUAAAUCCUCGAGGAAGGAGGGAGGGGGAAACCCAGCGAGGCCCCCACCAUCAUGGCGAGCGACGACUGUAGGAAAGAUUACUUGCUGGAGGAUAACCGCACAGAUUCGGGUAUUGACUCGUAUGGUUCCAUACUGAAGUCGGAGGAGCCCCGGGAGUCGAGCGCAGACUUCAUUGGGCCAAGGGACAAGAUUUCCACCGGGGAGGAGCGGCUGGACUCAGCCUAUGGCUCCUCGUCCAUCACGGUGGAGAGUUUGUCAGAGAUAGUUGGGGGAUGCACGCUGUCCAGCGCCAAGGAGGAGCAAGCACAAAGAUCUGAACUCUCUGAGCAGGAGGAGAACUUGCUCACAACCAUAACUGAAGAUGGAGACACAAUCCUGCACUUAGCAAUCAUCCAUGAAGACGAAUUUAUCGCCCAACAGUUGAUACAGCUUUUUCCAAAAGAAGUCCUGGACAUCCAAAACAAUUUAUACCAAAGCCCUUUGCACUUGGCCACGUACCUAAACCUGACAGAUGUGGUGAAGAGCCUGGUGGAGAAAAGUUCCAGUCUGGGGCUGCAGGACCAGGAGGGGAACACCGCACUCCAUGUGGCCUGCCAGCAUGGGCAGAUAGAGUGCGCCACUGAGAUGACCAGAGAGGUUUCCCCAAGCAAGCUGGCACCGAUCCUUGAGAUCCAAAACUGGAGAGGUCUUGCCUGUCUUCACUUGGCUGCACUGAACAGGCAAUAUCAGAUUAUGAAGCUACUGGUGAAAAAGGGAGCAGACCUAAAUAUACAGGAAGGAACCAGUGGGAAAACAGCUCUUCAUCUCGCCGUGGAGCUGCAUGAUGUCGCGUCAGUAAAGCUGCUGCUCAGCAGGGGGGCCAACGUGGACGCUGCCAUGUUUAACGGCUGCACACCUCUGCAUCUCGCGGUGGGGAGACAGGACGCUACCAUCGCCAACCUCCUCUGCCAGUCCGGCGCUGACACAAUGCUACGAAACAUGGAGGACGAAACGGCGCUGGAUCUGGCCGACGGCAAUGAUGAUAUUCUGGCUCUUUUUCCUUUUGAUGACAUCCAGAUCUCCGGGAGGUCGGUGGUCAGUGUGAAGUUUUAAGCUGAAUCUUAACAGACAACCUCGGAAUUGUCUCAAGCUUCACUGUGGCUGAAACCUUUUUAAUUGAAAAAAGCUGCAUUUGAGCUGAUGUUUUCAGUAAAUAGUGCCGCUAUUUGUAGAACAUUCUGAUUUGAUCUGUAUUUAUCCAUUAUCUAGACAAAUAUGCGCACCAUAUUUUACUUCCCUCUGACAAAGAUUGAUUUUGCUUAAUCUAACACUGAAAAAUAUCUUUUGGGUUUGUGAGUCAUUGGUUUAAAUAUUCUGCUUCUAUUCACAUCCCUCUUUCGGGUUGCAACAAAAGCCACCUCAAUGUGAGUGUCAAACUUUCUAUUAACAUGUUCAAUGUCUAUAAAAAAAUUCUACCUCUUUUAUCACAUUAACCUAGUUUUAAUGACUAGAAAUUGAACAUGCAAAUUGCUUUAUUUUAUAGUCUCUCAAACUUAAUCAGUCCUAUCAUUGCAUUUUAUUUCCACAGCCACAACUUUUGAAGGAAUGCAAUCAGAGGCAGAACUAAAAUUAAUAUGUUGCAUUUAUUAAAAAAGCGGUGUCACAAAGAGACCUGCAAUCCUACUAAGACAAACUAAUCACAUCCCUGCUAUUUGUUACAAAACUUGUAGCCCAAAUAAAAUGUAAUAUAUUAGAAA